AACACUUUCAAACUCAAUCCACUAAUAAUCAUAAUCUAAAAACACCAUUCUGGAAGUAAGAAAAUAUGUUAGAGAGAUUCUUUAAUGGCGGUAGCACUUUCGUUAGCCAACCAUCCCAAGAAGCCUCCGAUCAAAUUACGCUACUUUCCGGCCCUCCAUCCUGCGGAAAAACAUCGCUGCUUUUUCAGUACGCCUUGAACUUGGCAGCUCAGUUUGAGUCCUCAUCACAGGAAUACAUUGUCUUCAUCUGCAAUCGCCGUCGUUUCGAAAACAAACCUCCCUUUCUCUCUCAGGGAAUUGAUAUUGAUGCUUCCUCUUAUAAAACUAUCUUUCGGCGAAUCCAAAUCAAAUAUUUAGAUGAUUAUGACGAUGAUGGUAUGAAGAAAUAUUUUGCUGCCUUCCAUCUUCUGCAGCCUUUCCCCAUUGCUGUUAUUAUUGAUGAUUUUGGUCAAUUCUUUCUUGAAAGCAAGUGUCAGCAGAGGUACAAUAAUCCCCGUGGAAGGGACUUAGCCAUGGUUCGAGUUUUAGCCCUUUGUCAUAGUGCAAUCACCCAUGCCAAUAAAACAGGAGUUUGCCAGCUUUUGCUCUCUGAUACGCACCAUGGCGACUCUCCCAGGCUCUUAUUCCUUUAUAAGAGAUGGAUUUCGUCGAUUCUUACUGUCCAAGGUGAAGGUGAUAGGUAUGGCUCAUUUCUACUUCAGCAUAGCGCGGACGUGACAGGAAAUGGUAAAAGGAGUGCUAAAUACUCUAUAGCUUUUCAGUGCCUGGUUUUGGAGGGAAUUAUAGAAGAAACCCUGAUGUGAAUAUACAUGUUUUUUUUUUGUCACUUGGUUGGUAUAGACAUAGUUAACAUUUUUGUAUCUUUGUUAUGCUUUUCAAAUCCCUAAUUUUGUCUGGAAUUUCUGGAUGGCUGGCAACUUAUAUAUCUGAAGGACGGUAAGGCAGUUAAAUGAGGCAAGUAUAUGUACUGAGUUUUUCCUUUGUAAUACCUUAAUCUGAGUUUUAUGACU